UCGCAUUCGGCAUUUUUCUGUUUUCAUUUCGUCCGAAGAGUAACACUUAUUUUUAUUUACWGUAUUACUACAUUAUUUUCAUACCUUCUAAGUGACCAAUUUGCUGGUUUUUGUUUUGAUGUUUGAUUAUUUGGCUUUUAUUAAACUAUAUAUUAAACACGCAAUACAUAAUGUUGUGAUUUACUUUUUAAUAUAAUUUUGAAAUUUAAUACUUUUUCUUUUUAAACAUACAAUGUUAAUUAAGAAGGAUCUAUUCGUAUAAAAACACUGAUCCUUGGUACAAUGAUGACAUGUUAACCACCAACGAAUUGUUUUUACUAGCACUAUUAGCUGAAAACUCCUCUUUUGACAGUCAUCAAUUGGCCGCGAUAUUGCUGUUGUUAAGUCAAAAUCAUCUUUUAUCUGAAUGUAGUUCUUCAUCGUCAUCAUCACAUCAGUCGAUGGAACAACGUCCAUACUUUGGCCAGCGGGAUGGUCACAUAAGAGAUGCGUUACUGGAAAAAGAGCUGGAGUGGUUGGCCAAGGAAGACCGUGGCAAAAGAUUACGUGUCGAUCGACAAACAUUUCACAAGUUAUUGGCUAAGUUGCACCCAUACAUGGUUAAAGUUAAAAAUGGACUAAAAGUGAGUGCUGCUAGACGUUUAGCAGCAACACUUAGAUUUCUUGGUACCAGCUCUACGCUGCAAGAAAUUAAGGUUGACACCCAUAUAUCACCUCAAAUGUUAGCAAAGAUCAUUGUAGAAACUUGUGAUUGUAUUAUAGAAGCACUCAAAGACUACAUUAAGUGUCCUCAAACUGAAGAUGAAUGGAUGCGAGUAUCAACAACUUUUGAACGUACUACAAGGUUCCCGUCAUGCUUAGGCGCUGCAUGUGCGCGUCAUAUUGAACUUCGUAAGGCAUCUAAAGCAGAUUCUGAUUAUCUUAAUGAACGUCGUAGACCUAGUGUCUUAUUAACAGCUGUAAUAGAUUCUAAUUAUGAGUUCCUUGUAGUAAACACGUGCCCAAGUGGGCAUCUUUCUGAAGAUAAUCCACCGAAUAGAAUUUUAGAACGCAAAUUAAGAAUGUCAAAGUUACCAUGUCAGCUGGAUUCUAAUCAGUUACCUUAUGUAUUUGUAGCUGAUGAAAGUUUUAAACUUCAGGAAAAUUUUAUGGUACCCUACAGAGCAGUGAAUGAUAAAGGUGGUGAGGCUAAUAAACUAUUUAAUAGACAAUUAGUCAGGGCCAAUCAAAGAGCAGCAAAAACUCUGGCCAUCAUGGCAUGGAGAUUUGGUAUACUCCAGACACCAGUUAACUUAGAAGCAAAAAAAGUACAAAUCAUUGUUAAUGCCUGCUGUUAUCUUCACAAUUUCUUUAAGCGUGAAAGUGCAUAUUAUAUAGACAGUAACAUGGAAGCUGUCAUCAAAGCAGAUAUGGCGCCAAUUGUGUGGGGUCCAAAUACUACGGUCAUACCGCACAUCAAUAAUUGUGAUAGCGACCCACAAUAUGUAAGGGAUAGUUUUUCAAAAUAUUUGUAUACUCUAUCUAAACACCAAAAUCGUGUCUGUAAAUAACUCAUAUUAAUAUAACCUGUCAGUUGGUUUUUAUAGUUCAUUUGUCUAUUUAGUAUUAAAAAUAUUAUGAUUUCUUGUUAAUAUUAACAUAAAAACAUAGUACUGAAUACUAAUUAUUUUA